UACGGAGCGAAGAUGCUGGUGAAGUGCCAAUACAACGAGGUUCCGGUUAGUUGGAGCCUGGAGAUUGUCGCGAGAAGAUGUGUUCCAUUUGCGGGAUAUGACCGAACGGUUGAUUACUCUUGCUUCGGCCAGUGAAUCUUGGAUUAGGUGUUGUAUUUAUGGGAAAUUGGUUGCGCACAGGAUCUGGUGUUAAUUGCUUUGAAGUGACGCUAGAAGUAUUUACAGCAGAACUGCUUCCUUGCUAAUACACAGAGUGUCUGUGGCGUAAUAGUAAGGGAGGCGAGAGGAUAAAACAGACAGGAACACCCUCACACGCAACGGUGGGGGUAUCGGACGGAGAGGUGUUUUUCAGAGCGGAACCAAGGACCUUUCCUCGGUGGAUACGCCUGGUGAAUUCUCGCAGGCGAACACACAUGACGAAGGGAAGAAUCAUGCCCAAAGGAGUCGACUACCGUACGCUAACAGCACGAGGCAGUCCAUCCAGCAAUGUUCACCACUUUAAAAUACCCUCGAGGAAAGCCCGAUUCAAGCUGGCCUUAAUACUGAUAAGCAUUCUGCUGGUGUUUCUCUACAGUAUCAGCCUACCGGCAUGGCUCUACAGUGGGGGCACAGGAAAUCCAUACUGGGAGGAGGCGUUCAUCACGAAGGACGAUGAACAGCAUUUCAACUACAACAGUUCUUACUUUGUGAACACCGCAGGUUGCAAAAUGCCCAGUCUACCGAUCGUAGAUGAGCAUGUUCAAAAGUUCCUCCAGAAGGUGGAUCCACUGAACUGCACUCCGGCGCUUAUCCAGAGCGACAGUAGCUCGAUUUGGUUCCAGCUGACCGAAGAAGACAUCGAAAAGCACUAUGAGCUGGGUAACGCCAGCUUGAUUCAGUGCUGCUAUCGUCCCUUUGAGCGCAAAUCCAACAGCGUUGUCCGGAUCGUCGGACAAGAGACAUGCUUCGAAUACGGUGAGCGAAUCGAAGUGGUUGACGAGUUCAUAGCAGUUAUCUGCACGCAUCCUGCCAAACAGCAACAAGUGUUCUAUAGAGAUUAUUUUGCAUUCGUACCGUUGAAGCCGGCCGUUGAAGAACGGUGUGAAAGUACGAGAAAUGAGCUGAAUGCGCGAUUUCAUGGCGACCGUGAAAAGCUUAGCAUGAUGAUUUUGGGGAUAGACAGCGUAUCGAGGUUAAACUUCCACCGUCAGAUGAAACUCACCGCAGAAAUGGUGAUCGAUCGAUUAAAAGGUGUCGAGUUAUUCGGUUACAACAAGGUGGGUGACAAUACGUAUCCUAACCUGGUUCCAGCGCUGACCGGUUUAGAUGUGGAUGAGCUGUCAGCUUCAUGUCUUCCAUAUUCCAACAGUACUUUCGACCUGUGUCCGUUCAUUUGGAAGAAGUUCGGUGAAUCAGGUUACCGAACAUUUUACGCCGAAGACAGUAGCACCAUGGAAACAUUCAACUACUUGAAGAAAGGUUUUCGUGAUCAACCGACUGACUAUUAUCUGAGAAGUUUCUUCCGACAGGCAGACUCUUCCAUAGGUUACAAUAAGAAAGUGAAUGCCAAACUUUGCCUGGGUGGUCGCAAUCCAACUCAGAUAUUGGUCGAGUACGCCCGUAAGGUCGUCUCAGCUAUGAAAAACCGCUCCAGCUUUUCGUUACUUUGGGCUUGUACCAUGACCCACGAUCUUCUCAAUUACCCUUCUCUGGUUGACGAAGACUACCGAGGACUAUUGGAGCACAUGGAACAAGAAGGUUUUUUAAACAAAUCAGUCGUGAUUCUUCUCAGCGAUCACGGAAUACGAUGGGGAAAUUAUCGAAACACAUAUCAAGGAAUGAUGGAAGAAAGGCAACCGUUUCUCUACAUUCUUCUUCCCACAUGGUUCCAAAACCGAUAUCCAUCAGCAUACCGCAAUCUCCGGAAAAAUCGACAACAAUUAACAUCUCACUUUGAUCUGUACGAAACCUUGAAGGAUCUGUCCGACCCUGCUCUACUGUCCCAGUCCGCGAUCAAGCUACGGUCGCUGGAAUUACUGGAAACGAAACCGGUCCCUCGAGGCAUCAGUCUAUUUCUACCGAUAUCUUCAACAAGGACCUGCGAGGACGCCGGUAUUGCUCCGCAUUGGUGCACCUGUCACGAUCACAAACCGAUCGUAACCAACGACUACCGAGUGAUUGCCGUCGCUCGCUACACCGUAGAAAGCUUGAACCAAAUGCUCAAAAAGUAUCCCCAAUGCGGGCUUUUGCACCUUUACUCAAUCGAGGACGCCAGUCUUGGUGUGUCGACGGAGGAGAUUAUAUCGAAAAAACCGAUCAACCAAUUCAGUGACAUCAGCGUCCGAUUCCUGACGAGGCCCGGCGAAGCAGAGUUCGAGGCCACGGUUCGGAUCGAUUCCUUCAACCGGAGCUCACUGACGGGGAGUGUUAGCAGAACAAACCUCUACGGGAAGCAGAGCUACUGCGUGGAUGAUUACCGGAUGAAACUUUACUGCUUUUGUACCCGAUAGAGAACGUGUAGUGACAAUAGAUAAAAAGUAGAUAGCUCUGUAGGGAGGACCAACCAAGAAUUAUUCAAAUCGAGCAAUUUCUUUUUAUUGGAAGUUGAGCUAAUAAGUGAUCAUUAUUUAUAUCAAAGCACAAAACUGAUUGGGCAGUCAAUCUUCACUUGGGAUUACGCUAGGUUCUGGUGAACAAAUAAUUGGAGCUUAAAAUGGGAGAUGUGAGUUGUUAUUUUGUCAUAAUUAUUUGGAAGAAUUUUUAUGUUUUAUGUUAGUACAAAAUCGA